CUUCCCAGGGAAAUCGAAACCAAAUGCCACCCAGACCGGGCAGUGAAGAUAUAAGAGCCUGCCUGACAGCUCGCAGGAGCCAGCUCUGAGACCCCCAGCUCUCCUGUCCCUCUCCGGCGGCGUCAUGGAGCUGAGCGACACCCCGGCCAGAUCUCUGGACAAGUUCAUAGAAGACAAUCUCCUGCCAGACACGCCUUUCCGCCGAAACGUCAGGGAAGCCAUCCACAUCAUCAGCAGUUUCCUGAAGGAGAGGUGCUUUCGAGACCCCGACGAAGGAGUGCGGGUGUCAAAAGUGGUGAAGGGCGGCUCCUCGGGCAAAGGCACGACCCUCAGAGGUCGAUCUGAUGCUGACCUUGUUGUCUUCCUCAGUCCCCUCACAAGUUUUCAGAAGCAGUUGGAGCACCGAGGAGAGUUCAUAAAGGAGAUCAGGAGACAGCUGGAAGCCUGUCAAAGAGAGAAAUACUUUAAGUUUAAAGUGAAGUUUGAGAUCCAGACUUUUGAGAGGCCCCGUGCCCUCAGCUUCACCCUCAUGUCCCCCGUCUGGCCCCAAGAGGGCGUGGAGUUUGAUGUCCUGCCCGCCUUCGAUGCCCUUGGUCAGUGGUCUGGAGACGGCAAACCGGACCCUGAUAUCUACGUGAGGCUCAUCCGAGAGUGCGAAUGGCUGGGGAAAGAGGGUGAGUUCUCCCCCUGCUUCACGGAGCUGCAGAGAGCCUUCCUGAGGCGGCGGCCCACCAAGGUGAAGAGCCUCAUCCGCCUGGUCAAGUGCUGGUACCAACAGUGUAAGGAGAAGCUUGGGAAGCCACUGCCCGCCCAGUACGCCCUAGAACUCCUGACGGUGUAUGCCUGGGAGCACGGAAGCGGGGAAACAGAGUUCAGCACCGCUCAGGGAUUCCGGACCGUUUUGGAAUUAGUCCUGGAAUAUGAACGGCUUUGCAUCUUCUGGGAAAAGUAUUAUGGCUUUGAAAACGCUUCCAUUAGUAAAUACCUGACGAAGCAGAUCAAGAGGCGCAGGCCCGUGAUUCUGGACCCGGCUGACCCCACAGGAAACGUGGCUGGUGAGAGCCAACUUGCCUGGCAGCGGCUGGCACAGGAGGCGUUUACCUGGCUGAGUUACCCAUGCUUCAGGAACUGGGAUGAGUCUGCAGUCCGGGCCUGGAACGUGCCGCCUGAGGCAGGCAGCAGCCUUGAGGCCUGGGCUGGCAGCGGAUCUCCAUUCUGCAGUUUCCAGCAGCACCACAAGGUCUCCCACUCCUUCAGCUCACACCAGGACACGUAACUCCCUGGGAGCACUCUCCCCAGGAAAAUGAAGGCUGGUCAUGCUCCAUCCUCUGAACACUGGUGCCUCUCAGAAGAAGGGAUUUGUGGCGGCU